UGUGCGCAUGGUGCUGAAGGAAUUGGAUCCUGCAGGAGUUUCAAUGAGGAGAGCCAGACGUCUCAGACGGCGCAGCUACUUUGCUAAGGGACCAAACUUUAUUUGGCAUUUGGACUCGUACGAUAAGUUAAAACCAUAUGGCGUUUGUAUUAAUGGCUGCAUUGAUGGCUUUUCGCGUAAGAUUAUUUGGCUUAAUGCCUACACAACUAGUAGCGAUCCAAAGCUAAUCGGUGGUUACUAUAUUGAAGCGGUGGAGCGUUUGGGAGGAUGCCCUAGAGUUGUUAGGGGGGAUCUUGGAACUGAAAACGGUCAUGUAAGAGACUUUCAACGUUUUCUUCACAUCAGUCAUGAAGAUGAAACCCUUGACAGCUAUUUGGAAGGUGCAAGUACUGCCAACCAAAGGAUCGAUUACUGGUGGGGGUUUCUGCGCAAAGAGUGCAUGGAAUUCUGGAUUUCCCUGUUCGCUGACCUCAGAGACAAUGGAUUCUUCGAUGGAGGAUUCUUGGACAAAAGUUUGCUCCAGUUCUGCUGCAUGGGACUCAUCCAAGAUGAGCUGGAUGACACUGCACAGAUUUGGAAUGCACACACCAUUAGGGCAUCAAAGAAUAUCAGUAACCCCAGUGGUCGGCCCAGUGUGAUGUAUGCAUUGCCUGAGCUCUACCACACCAGAGACUUCCUCACCUCAGCCGACACUGAAAGUGUUCAGUUGUGCAAGAACGAAUGCACUUUCCGACGCCCCAUAUCAUGUGAUCCAGAUGUAAAUGAACUGUGUAAUGUUAUAAUCUCUGAGUCUCAGUUGAACAUUCCAAGAGACCCAUAUCAAGCUAUGAACUUAUACAUGCAUUUAAGAGAUGUGAUCAGGGCAUUACUGUAAGUAAGAAGGCAAGGUCAUUUUUAUCUGAAAUGUUUACAUAAUUUGUAGACAAUACAGUCCCCAGGGGAAACCUGAAACAUUGUGGAAAGAUUUUAUAUAGAAUUACAAUUUACCAGACUAC